AUGUCUUCCCCAAACCACACUGUAGUGACAGAAUUCAUUCUCCUGGGACUCACGGCUGACCCAGUGCUACAGAAGAUCCUGUUUGGGGUGUUUCUGGUGAUCUACCUGAUCACACUGGUGGGGAAUCUGGGCAUGAUCAUGCUGAUCAGGACCAAUCCCCACCUCCACACUCCCAUGUAUUUCUUCCUCAGCCACCUCUCCUUUGUAGACAUUUGCUAUUCCUCCAACGUUACUCCGAACAUGCUGUACAACUUCCUCUCAGACCAGAAGACCAUCUCCUAUGCUGGCUGCUUCACACAGUGUCUUCUCUUCAUUGCCCUGGUCAUCACUGAACUUUAUAUCCUUGCUUCAAUGGCCUUGGAUCGCUAUGUCGCCAUCUGCAGCCCUCUACAUUACAGCACCAGGAUGUCCAAGAACAUCUGCAUCUCUCUAGUCACAGUCCCUUACACUUAUGGCUUCCUCAAUGGACUCUCUCAAACACUGCUCACUCUCCACUUGUCCUUCUGUGGCUCCCUUGAGGUCAAUCAUUUCUACUGUGCUGAUCCUCCUCUUAUAAUGUUGGCCUGCUCUGACACCUAUGUCAAAAAGAUGGCAAUGUUUGUAGUUGCUGGCUUUACUCUCUUAAGCUCUCUCUUCAUCAUUCUCCUGUCCUACCUUUUCAUCAUUGCAUGCAUCUUGAGGAUCCGCUCUGCAGAAGGCAGGCACAAAGUCUUUUCUACCUGUGGUUCCCACCUGACAACUGUCACUAUAUGUUAUGGAACCCUAUUCUGCAUGUACUUAAGGCCUCCAUCUGAGACGUCUGUAGAGGAGUCCAAAAUAAUUGCAGUCUUUUAUAGUUUUUUGAGCCCUAUGCUGAACCCGUUGAUCUACAGUUUACAAAAUAAGCAUGUGAUACAAGCCUUGCAACAAAUGAUUACUGGAACUUUUUUUCAUAGACUUACAAUUUAG